AUGAAGUUCUGCGCCUUCGUUGUCUUUGUUGCUCUUAUCUCUGUAGCUUCAGCUACAUUCGGUGGAGUAUACAGUGGCUUAGGUUACUCGGGUCUAGGAUAUUCAGGACUUGGAUAUGGAAGUAACUACUUGGGAGGAUAUGGUGGAUACGGCGGAUAUGGCGGAUACGGAGGAUAUGGCGGAUAUGGUGGACUUGGAUAUGGCGGAUAUAGUGGACUUGGAUAUGGUAGUUAUGGUGGAUAUGGCGGUUAUGGUGGUUAUGGCGGAUACCGUCCGUCGUAUGGAUAUGGAUACUAUGGAAGCUCAUAUUAUCCCAGCUACACCGUUGGAAUUGGUAGUGGAUGGUGCUGA